ACUCCCACCGGCCCACCCCACUAACAAACAUAACAACAAACAUCGCGACUACCAUGUGUUUAAUUUUGUAACACAAUAAUCGUUAAUUAAUGAAUGUUUGAAUGGUUUCAAAUAAAUUAUUGUCCGUUGUCCACUGUGUACAUAAGGUAACAAAAAUGUCACUCGAUUCAUCCGUGACCGAAAGCGUUCCAGCGGAAAAACUAGCCCUAGAAAAGCUGACCACUUUCUGCCAGCACCUAGCCAACACGUACCGCCAAAUACGCACCCUAACCGGGCCCGAGCGAUCCAAUGUGGACAAAACCCUAGCCAAGGCAUCGCGCUACGAACUGCUUCGGAAAUUGAACCCUGCAUCCAGUACCUGCUACUCGCAGCAGCAGACAGAGCAGAUCCAAACCGAGUGCCUACACGAAAUCAACAACCGACUGAUUGCCACCAGCGAGCUGAUAAAUGAAACAUCAAACAGUUUCAACAAAUUGCUGCGGAGCUAUCAGGACCUCCAGUACACCACCCAACAGUUGGACUGGUCCAAAGCAACGACCAGUAGUUUAAUCACCGGAACGGACAAGCGGAAACCACUAGAGUACUACCUACAGCAGGGCUUUCGGAUCGUGUAUCAGUUGAACACGGUCAUCUCACAAAUCAAACUUGUGCUGGGUGCUGUGGAUCUGCACAGGAUCGAUUCGAUUCAGAAGCUACGCGACUGCUUGAAGAUAUCCGAGGAACUGGAUCUAUAUCUGCGAGAGUUUGUUACCUUUACUGCGUUUAUUGUCAAAUGAAGCUUUAAAACUCUUGUUACUGUGGGAUUCUCGGAACGGUUUACGAAUAAAGCGGACGAAAUAGGUAUACUGAACUCAAGAAUGUUUUAUUUUCAAUACGUAUAGCGCGAUUGAAAGCAUCAGACUGACUGUCCUGUGUAUCUUCGCUGUAAAAGCGAUAUUUAAUAGUGAGAGGUGUGCACAAGACAAUGCGAAGAGUGUGUUGGGCACCACCACAUUACCUUUCUUGAUAUAUGUAUUUUAAUAAAUUCAAAAGUAAGUGAUUACGUGAAACAAAUAUUUAAAUAUUUCCCUAAUGUUAUGUACAUAUCACAUACUGUAACAAUUAAUCUAAAAAAUAAAAUGGAACAAACCAUCUAAUCCGAACAAGAUAUAGGUUGAUUUGAAAAAAUGAUGUUCAUGAUGGUGCGGGCUUGGAUUCAUCAUGGCUUCAGUUUAAUUUGUUUCAGUUCUGUGGCUUAGUUGGUUGAAGAACUGGUCGAGCGAAUAUGGAGUAUUCAGUCAAGAGUUCAAAUCCCACCAGGUUUUCCCGUAUGUAACUCUUGAUGUCAUCAAAUUUGACACUGUCCAUAAACUAGGUAGACUAAUGUUUGGCCAUGUCUGAACAGCUGCAUAUGGAUUUCAAACGGAAUCGCCCAAGUGAAACCCUUCAGUGAAUUAUUUUUCCUUGACAGUAAUGGUCAAGCAAUUUUGCACAUCAUGCUCCAGAAGACAGCCUCGGGCUGAAAAUCGCUCUAAGAAAAAUAUCAUGCUCCAUUUCAUUAACAUUAGAUUCUCUUCACAUCUCCGUACUGAGGUUAAGAAAAAAUCAACGCUUACUCAUUUCUUAAGCGAUUCUUUACGCAUCGAGAUAAGCCAAGAAAUUUGUUACGAUCAUCGUACGACCCAUUACAGACCUUUCGUAGUAUGUGGGGCGAUGCAACUCGAAUUUCUGUUUGCAUCGGUUUCUGAUGACAUCAUUUAUCUAUCAAUAUACUUUGUCUGUGAUACAUAUUAGUAAUAGAGAUCCAGUUAUGAGACCACCAGGUCCGAAUUCUAAACCGCAAACAUCUGUUGAUGGACACCAGCUUCCGUUUGGUUUCUACUGAUUUUCAAUUUCAAGUUGGAAUUGAACAUUCCACAACUAUGAAAAUUUAAAAUGAUCGUUAAAAGCGUGGUCGAUGGAAGUUUCGCAAGUAUAACGUCUGUUUGUCUGUGUCUAUAGUAUAUAUUUCGUGCUUUUCUGUCGAUCAUAAUUCUACGGUGGGACUUCCACCGUAUGAUGCUAUUGGGUGCCACAAAAUUGAAAACUUUCGACCUUCCAGUGCUUGCCCAGCUACUGUAGAGGUAGAGGAGUUAUCCCUAUUAACAUUCAACGAUUUGGUCUUGUUGGACCAACGAAUGGUCUUACUAACGUUGAUGGACAGAGCCACCAUAGAGGAACAUUCAGCCAGGUCGUUCACUCUGCAUGGCAGAGCGCCGUCAAAUAGCUGUACAAUAGGGCAGUUCAAACUUCAAACAUGUUGAAAAUUCAAAGCUCCCAUAUGCUCAUUUACAAUCCUUGUUGCAAAACUAGAGUCCUGUCAAAUUUUCAGCCAUUUCGGUGGGGAUUUAAUGGUGGUCCAAAAGCAAGAUAGGUUUAUAUGGGAAUUAUUAUGAAGAAUUUUCAAAAAAGGUUCUCCACGUUGUAGAGCCUUAACACAUGGAUGAAGUUAUAGGUUCAACGUCAAAUUGAUUUUUUCAGAUCUCAAUGAUGAAUGUUGCCGAAGACCGCAACUCAUUUCAACUUACGAGACAGAAGUUGUUAAAACCCAAAAGGCCAACGUCUUUUUUGGCAUCAAAUUUUUAUAUUGAAAAAUUCAUAACUCUGUUGAAUUUUAACCAAUCGUAAUGAAAUUUUGAGACAAGAUCCAGUUUUUAUGCUAGUUAUGAUAAAAUGGGACACACAAUUCAAUAUCCGGAUGGUUCCGGAAUUAUUCCGGAUUCCCUUGGGGUACCAACGUUAUGCCAUUUGGGGUAUUUGUAUCAAAACUAUUUUUUCUCUAUGAAACUACUUUGAAACAUUGAGAAAAAUUACAACUUUAUCGAAGCUAAUUCGAUCAGUAUUUUUUUCAAUAUUUGGAGUUCCUCUGGAUGUUCCUAGACUCUCUGGAAGGUCCCCGGGGGGACCUGUAGUAGAGGCCACUUGCAAUUUCACUCCAAACCAUAUCAUGCGACAGCUCCUUCUUAAUGAUUUUCCGUGAAUAGGCUACUCAUGGCUAUAAAAAGGGUCAUCGACCACUUUGGCCACUUCCGGAACCUCCGGAAUGCCCUGGCGAAAUCUGUAGUAGAGGACACAUGCAUUUUUACCACAAAAUAUAUCGUGCGGCAACUCUUUCUUCAUGGUUUUCCGUAAAUAGGAUUCUCGUCAUGACUAUAACCAGGACAAUUGGUCACAUUAGCCACUUUCGGAACCUCUGGGGUGCCCUGGCAGAGGCUCCGGUAGAGAACACUUGCAUUUUUACUUCCAAAUAUACCGUUCGACAGCUCUUUCAUUCUCAUUUUCGGUGAAUGGGAUUCUCAUAGCUAUCGAAAUGUCGUUGGUCACUUUGGUCACUUCCGUAACUUCUGGGGUGCCCUGGCGGAACCUGUAGUAGAGGACACUUGCGUUUUUACACCUAAGCAUACCGUGCGGCAGAUCUUUCUUCAUGAUUUUCGGCGUAUGGGAUUUUGAUAGCUAUGAAAAGCGUCAUUAGCCACUUCCGGAACCUCUGGGGCGCCCCGGCGAAACCUGUAGUAGAGGACACAUGCAUUUUUACCCCAAAAUAUACCGUGCGACAGCUCUUUCUUCAUAAUUUUCGGUGCUUGAGAUUCUCAUAGCUAUUAAAAGGGUCAUCGGCCACUUUGGCCACUUCCGGAACCUCCGGGGUACCCUGGUGGAACCUGCAGUAGAGGACACAUGCAUUUAUACUCCAAAAUAUGCCGUGUGACAGCUCUUUCUUCAUGAUUUUUUGUGAACAGAAUUCUCAUGACUAUAACAAGGGCCAUUGGUCACAUUGGCCACUUUCGGUACUUCCGGGGUGCCUUGGCGGAAACUACGGUAGAGGAUACUUCUUACAAUAUACCAAGCGAAAUCUCUUGCAUAAUGGUUUUUUGGCGCAUGGAGUUCUCAUAGCUGUGCAAAGGGUCAUUGGUCACUUCCGGAAUCUCCAGAGAGCCCCGGCAGAAUCUGUAGUAGAGGAAAACUGCAUUUUUACACCAAAACAAAUCAUGUGACAGCUCUUUUUUCAUUAUUUUCGGCCUAUGGAAUUCUUAUAUCUACAGCUCUUACUCUAAGGAUAGCAACAGUUUGGUUCCAUCGUGUACAGUUUGGUGCCAUCGGAAGAUUCGCAUGGGGUGACUAUGGCUGGAACCGAAUUCAAUUGAGAACUAAGGAAUUUUCGUUGCAUUUAUGCAGGACAAGUUUUACGUUUUAGUUUCCUCCUUACAAGUACAACGUAUGAAGAUGUUUGCAGGGUUUUUACUUUGGUAACGAAAGCUGCUUCUGCAAGUUUUUAUGAAUGUCCGGAAUAAAUAAAAUGGUAUCUCUACGAUACGAUUUGAACUGAUUUAGAUCAUUAUUUAUUUAAAUUGAACACAAAUAGUGAAAUAUAAACUGGAACAAAUGCUGCUGUUUGUUUAGAUAACUUUGGAAUCUUAAAUUCAAAAGAUGUAACGAAAUGUUAUCCGAUUAUCUAUUCAUACAAUUUGAGCAAAAUUCGACAUUUUCUUCACAACGCACAUUUUUUUCCGAACAUGCAAAAAUUUAUAUCUAUAUUAACCUCCACCAGGUUAAUCAUCAUUAAACACUAUGUGAAAUCUGUGGAGUCUGUCAUGGUUCGUCGUUGCAUCGCGUCGUCGUUCUGUGUGUGUGCUUUUAGAGGAAAAAACUAGUUUUCGUGCGAGUCGGUCGUGUGAUGCCAGCAGCGGAUGACAUUUCAGUCUGUCUUGGGUCGUCGUUGCAUCGCGUCGUCGUUCUGUGUGUGUGCUGUUAGAGGAAAAAACUAGUUUUUGUGCGAGUCGGUGUUGUGAUGCCAGCAGCGGAUGACAUUUCAGUCUGUUAUGGUUCGUCGUUGCAUCGCGUCGUCGUUCUGUGUGUGUGUGCUUUUAGAGAUAAAAAAAAACUAGUUUUCGUGCGAGUCGGUCGUGUGAUGACAGCAGCGGAUGACAUUUCAGUCUGUCUUGGUUCGUCGUUGCAUCGUGUCGUCGUCCUGCGUGCGUGCUCGUCUUCGUACGGGGCGGUUAAGUGUGUUUUUGGAGGCAAAGUGGAAGUGCCGCUUUUUUUCAUUCGGAUCGGGCGCGUCGUCGUCGACAAUUUGAAUGUGCACAUCGUCGUACCCGUUUGUUGUUGUAGCGGUUCAGUGUGAUUUCGAGGCCAGUUUGUGGAAGAUGCAGCAGCACAUACGCACUGGGCACUUCGAAGGAUGUUUAUUGGUGAGCUCGUUCCAUUUUAUCACAAUAAUUAAUGCUAUAGGAUGUAUAAAAUUCUGCACUGGGUUUUGUGUAUUUAUCUAACAAAUAUUGAAAAGUUCGUCACGUCAUGUGUCGGCGCUAGUUCCAUUUGCACAUUUAGUUGGUAAUAAAUAUUUUUCUUUCAUAUUUUGCAUGUACACAAAAAUUUGAAUGGUUCGUCAUCUUCGGUGUCGACAUUUGUAAUAUUUUAGCCCAAAUGAAUAAAUGUUUUGACUCAAAUAAACGUUGCAUGAAUUUCUGGAAAAAAGAGAGGGUCGGUAAAAGAUAGACGGCGAACCAUGCGGUAAGAUCUUUCUGAUUUAUUUAUCCCGUAUUAUUUUGUUAAUACUUGUGAAUCGUUCGCCUUCAGCAUUGUCUCGCGCGGAAACGCAAACUACAGAUGCGUCGGUGUUUAGCAUUGUGUUCUCCUUAGUUGCGAAUGAAUAACUUAUGUAGGGUGAGUUUUGAGGCACAAUAGAUCGCGUUCGUCGUCCAAGGUUUAGAAGGGUAUUUCUUCGCGAGCGCAUUAUUAAUCGCGAAUCAAAACAUUACAUUCGUUUACCACGUCGAAAUCCUCAACACAUCUCCAUUUCCCCUGUCCAAACUCCUAGUGAUUUCUCGUAGUAACGCAGAGAAUUCCUCGGUUAUUGGCCUAAGCGAGAAUCACGUCAUCAUUUCCUUCCCUAUCCUCAAUUGACCUGCAUUCGGACGCGGCCGGCGCUGGUAUUGCUUAUUGAAAAGUAUUGGGAUUGCAGCAUUUACACAAUGAAGAGAAAGCUAAUCCCAAGCAUCAUCUGUUGGUUCUUUGUGUAAAUGCAGUUGUCCUUGCAAUAACAGAGGAGCAACCGCGGGCGGUCAAUCAUGCUCAUGCUCAUGCUCAUGCUCAUGCUCAUUAAACACUAUGUGAAAUCGUUCAAAAUAAUAGCAGUGUAUAUAAAUUGAAAUGUAGCUUUACCUUGAAGAAGCAAGCAAUAUUUUCACACGCUAUUCGAACAGUUUCCGCCUUGGUUACAUGUUAAGUUUUUUCUCUAUCGAUUUGUGGAAUGUAUUCACAUAUAUUUGCUAACGGAUUUUCCUGGUGUUGGAGGUGUUUUUAUUCUAGUGUACAUAACAAAGUAGUUCUCCAUUUCAAUAUCUCCCUAUCUCGUAGGUUCCUUCAAAAUAAAGAUGUGGAGAGUCAGCUUUAUCUUGAUACCUACUCAUGAUGUUCUUUGGUUUACAUGUGAUCACUAAAUAUUUACGGUAUCAUCAUCAGUGGAAAUCGUUCCUAUUAUAGACUCCAGAAGACACUAUAGUGUCCUCUACUACAGGUUCCGCCAGGUCAUCCUGGAGGUUCUGAAUGUGGUCUAAGUGAUCAAUGAUGGUUUUUAUAGUCAUGUGAAUCCUAUGCACAAAAAACAUGGAAGAAAGAGCUGUUGCACGGUAUAUAUUGAAGCAAAAACAAAAACAAAUGUCCUCUACAACAUGUUCCACCAGAACAUCUAGGAAAUGACGGAAGUGGUACCAUUUGGCUCUUCCCAUAGCUAAGGAAAUCAUAUUUACAGAGAACCAUGAUUGAAGAGCUAUUGUACGCUAUAUCUUGAAGAUAACAUACAUGUGUCCUCUACUACAGGUUUCGCCGGAUCAGUAGACUACUCUAUAACUAUGAGAAUCCUUAUCACCGAAAAUGAUGAUGAAAGAGCUAUCGCACGGUAUAUUUUGAUGUAAAAAUGCAUGUGUCCUCUAUCUAAGCCUCCGUCAGGGUACCCCGGAGGUUCCGAAAGUGGCCAAUGUGACCAAUGGUCCUUGUUAUAGUCAUGAGAAUCCUAUUCACCGAAAAUCAUGAAGAAAGAGCUGCCGCACGGUAUGCUUAGGUAUAUAAACGCAUGUGUCCUCCACCACAGGUUCCGCCAGGGCACUCUGGAGGUUCCGGAAGUGGUCAACAUGGUCGAUGACCCUUUUCAUAGCUAUGAAAAUCUCAAUCACCGAACAUCAUGAAGAAAGAGCUGUCGCACAGUAUAUUUUGUGAUAAAAGGCAUGUGUCUUCUACUACAGAUUCCGCCAGGGCAUUUCGGAGGUUCCGGAAGUACCAAAGUGGUCGGUGACCUGUUCCAUAGCUAUGAGAAUCUCAAUCACCGAAAAUCAUGAAGAAAGAUCUGUCGCACGGUAUAUUGUGCAGAAAAAAUGCAUGUGUCCUCUAUUGCAGGUUCCAUCAGGGCACCCCGGAGGUUCCGGAAGUAGCCAAAGUGGCCAAUGACCCUUUUUACAGCCAUGGGUAUCCUAUUCACGGAAAGUCAUGAAAAAAGAGCUGUCGCACGGUAUAUUUCGGAGUAAAAAUGCAUGUGUCCUCUACUACAGGUUCCGCCGGGGCACCCCGGAGGUUCCAGAAGUGGCCAAAGUGAUCGAUGACCCUUUUUAUAGCCAUGACUAGCUUAUUCACGGAAAAUCAUGAAGAAGGAGCUGUCGCAUGAUAUGGUUUGGAGUGAAAUUGCAAGUGGCCUCUACUACAGGUUCCCCCGGGGACCUUCCAGAGAGUCUAGAAACAUCCAGAGGAACUCCAAAUAUUGAAAAAAUACUGAUCGAAUCCGCUUCGAUAAGGUAGUAAUUUUUCUCAAUGUUUCAAAGUAGUUUCAUAGAGAAAAAAAUAGUUUUGAUACAAAUACCCCAAAUGGCAUAACGUUGGUACCCCAAGGGAAUCCGGAAUAAUUCCGGAACCAUCCGGAUAUUGAAUUGUGUGUCCCAUUUUAUCAGAACUAGAAUAAAAACUGGAUCUUGUCUCAAAAUUUCAUUACGAUUGGGUUAAAUUCAACAGAGUUAUGAAUUUUUCAAUGUAAAAAUUUGAUGCCAAAAAUGACGUUGGCCUUUUAGGUGAAAAGAGUACAAAUGACUACAUCCACACCGAAAGCAGAGUAGAUAGGAGGUCCGUUACCGGAUGUGUUGUGAAGUUCAAUUCAAUGCUAUCAGCUGGACAUGCAUGAAGCAGAACUGUAUUUCUCUAUCACACAGGAGCUGAUCUGGCUGAAGCGCCUUUUGAAACGCCCGUCAUAGGUAUAUGAGUAUAUGGGACUUCUAAUGGUUUCGACUUGCAGUCACAGAAAUAACCGCUAGUUCUUUUAUUUCAUCGCCGACGUUUCGAUCCUCGGGUCUGUAUCUUCUUCAGGGUCUGAGAUUUAUUGACGGUUUAAUUCUCGGUAAUUUUACAUUUUAACAUUUACUUACUCGAAGUUAACCAACAGGUGAAGUGCCGUGUUUGUACGGACGUUUGUCGGGCAUUUGGUCGAAUGGCCUGACUAAGGUGUAGAGUUGUUGUGGAAAGCUUGAGCUUGAUUGACUGACCGUAGAUGCUACUCCAGUGUCGCCAGACCAGCUACACCUACACAAGGAACCAAUGAGAUAUCUGCCGAAGACAAAGCAGGCAUCUUCUGUGUGUGAGCGUUGGUGAUCUUCUAUUUUUAGGCGACAAUGGCGCCUGCCACGUCAGGAUGCAGGUCAAUAUGAGGAAGGGGAAGGAAGUGAUGAUUGCAAUCGUUUGUAUCCACAUCAGACCGAAUAUACCUUUGCAUCUGUACAAUCUCAUGCGAAUGUCGGAGUGUUGGUGGGAUUUGGUUGGCAGAGGGUUGGGGAUGACUAUGAACACAUGAAUAUACAUGAGUUGUAUAUGUAGAGAGAAGAGUAUAAAGAAUGUGGAUAGAAAGAUACAAUGCAGAAGGAAAGGGACGGGCCAAGGUUUGAACUAGGACCUUCUGCAUAUGAAUCAGAAGCGGUAGCCACUAGACCACCAAGUCCAUCAUUUUUUGUAGAGUUCUUGUGGGGAUAUACCUAACAAGUAAAAACCUACUUAACAAUUUUGUAGCCUUGCUAAAUUAAUGGGAAUAUUAAUUAUUGGGGGUUAUCACUGUUCGACGUCCGUAAUAUCAAUAUCAUCAGCGAAACCAAGCAGCUGAACGGACUUCGUAAAAAUCGUUCCACUCGUAUGUACGACACGUAGCGUUUGAAUGUCGGAAACAAUAUCCAUCCUGUUUCUAUCCACCUAAAGUCACAAACGAGAUAACCACUUCGUCUGUUGCAAUUGGAUAGCAAAAUGUGUGUUGCUCAAAAUAUCGUAAAUGAGUUUCUAGAAUAUGGACAUGAUAUAUUUAUAUGCACUUACCGCACAUCCAAGCGAUACUACAGGUGAGCCGCACAGCCCAAAGAAAAGAACUCCAUCCUGGGCGCUGCUAUGGUCUGGACCUAUCUCCAGGACUUUUUCGAAAUCCGGUUGAGUAGCACCUUGGGCUGAUUAUUCUGAAUGUUUUUCAAUUCACAGCAACAUAAUGUAGUUGAUGAAGGCGUUCUUGAUGAUAACUCUUUGAUGUUCUAUGUCACACUCCGAAACACCUGUAGCAAAAGUCUAUUAACCGUCCGUCACAAAUUAUCAUGGCUGUCAUCCACGACCAAGCUAAAUUCACGAAAAUCACAACAGUUCCACUACUUAACAAGUAGAUGAAUACAUAUCUCCAAAAUAGUAUAUUGCAUCGUUCACAUCUUUACGACGUUCUUGUGUUCCUAGCUUAGCUUGGCAACUGCCAUCAUCGCAGUUGCCGUAUCUAUAGCGCACUUGUUUCCAUUUGGAUUGACCAUCUUCUUCUAAUUUCCGGCACUGUUCCACGUGCUCGUUCUCUAACACCAUUUUUUUUUUCAUUUGUAACUAUUUGUUUUUGUUUUGUUUGGGUUUUUUCGACGACUGCUGACCCAUUCUCGUGUUUCACCUAAACAUUCAACAUGAUUGUUUAAACGAGAGACAAGAGUCCCAUUUCGUCUAGCACUUGUAUUCUCCUUCUUUUUACAAACGAGUCAAACAGAAAAAAAAAAUAAUGAAAAAAUAUCUCUAACCUACAAUUACUACAAAUUGUUUUAAACUUUAUCACUGUCGAUCAAAAAAAUUAUAUAAA